CGCGCGAGCGCCGGCGCGAGCAGCAGCAGCAGGCGCGGCGCGACGGGCGCCAGCAGCAGCAGCGGCACGUGCGCCACCUCGGCCGCGCAGCUCGCGCCGCCCAUCCACUCGCGCAGCUGCUCUUCGAAGCGUUCGAAUGGCGGACGGCAGCCGCCGCCGCCGCCGCCGCCGCCUUCCAGCUCGGGAUUCGCACCGUCAGCCGGGGGCCGCGGCGAGGAGGUGCGCGUCGCAGCGCUAAGCACCACGCAGUGUCGGAAGCGGCUGAGCGACACGACGUCCCGGAUGACGUCGGCCGUGCGGCCCGCGAGCGACGCGCUCACGAGGAACACGGCCUUGGGCUCGUCCUCGGCGCCGGACUCGAAGCUGGAGAAGCGCCUCACGCUGCGCGCUCCAGCCUCCAGCAGGCUCGCGGCGCCCCGGUUCCAGUGGAGGCUCUCGGCGCAGAGCUCGUCGAUGAACACAGCCGCGCCGCUCACCCUGGACAGCGCCUCGUCCCACUUGAGACUCGGCAGACGCAGUCAGUGCAGCCAGGCCGCGAUGUCAGCAGAAGAGGCGGAGAGGACUACUACCGAUGUGAGCGCCGGGGACGAUGAGGAGGAGUGGCUCUAUGGAGAUGAAAAUGAGAGCAAGCAGGAGGGAGAGGAGAUGGAGGCAUCUGUUACUGCCAGUGCCUUGGCUCCACCCCCUGAGGAAGAGGAGGCUGCUGGGAACGGUGUGGCCAGUCAGCAGCCUGCUGCAGAAGAGGAGGACAGCAAUAGCGACAGUGAUGAUGACGAUGAUGACGAUGUCCGUGUUACCAUUGGCGAUAUAAAGACUGGGGCCCCGCAGUAUGGGGCAUACGGAGCAGCGCCUGUGAACCUUAACAUAAAGACCAGCGGGCGACCGUACGUGCCAGCUGGCACCAAGCCAAAGGGCAUAGACCUGGAUGCCCCUGGCAGCAUCAAUGGCAUCCCUGUACUUGAAGUGGACAUGGAGUCCUUCGAGGAGAAGCCCUGGAGGAAGCCGGGAGCUGACCUUUCGGACUAUUUCAACUACGGCUUCAACGAGGACACCUGGAAGGCCUACUGUGAGAAGCAGAAGAGGCUGCGCAUGGGGCUGGACGUCAUGACGCUGGCAUCAGCCACAAGUAAAAUCAUGGUGCAGCAGGGCCGCACGGGCAACAGCGAGAGGGAGUCUGCUCUGAGCACCCCCAAGGUGGAUUUUGCCUCCCCCGGCAGUGUGUACAAGGCAGCAGCGCCCACCACCAGGAUCUCCCCUCCCCAGUGGCCUGGUGGCCCCAUGCAGGACUCCUCCUCCUCCUCCUUCUACACGAAGAACUCUGGCACCAUUGAUGUCAUUGGAGGACAGACAGCUACCAUCAGUCGCGUAGAGGGACGCCGCCGCCACAAUGUGGAUGGCAACAACAUCCAGGUGAUCUCGGAACACCCGUCCUCUGACGCUGAGCCCACGCCUGCCAAGAUGCCCCCCUUCUUCCCCCCUGGGCCUAUCCCUCCCAACAUCCCCCCGCCUCCCUUCUUGCCUCCACCUCCCAAUGUGAGCUCCGCUCCUCCGCUUAUUCCCCCACCAAGGAUACCCAUCACCGUCCCGCCACCCGGUUUCCCUCCCCCUCCUGGCCCACCGCCUCCUUCUCUGAUCCCCACCUUGGACAGCGCACACUCGGGAGGUUACGACAGCCGCCAGGUGCCCACAUACACCUUCUCCGCAGGAGGAUUCCCGCCCCUAGCGAGUGCCGUGUCCACGUGGCCCGGUGUCGUGGACAGCGCCAAGCAGUGGGACUACUAUUCGCGGCGCGACAAAGAGCGUGAGCGCGACAAAGAGCGCGACAGGCCCCGUGAGAGAGUUCACGAGCGCGAACGGGACCGAGAUCGGGAGCGUGAGCGGGACCGGGAGCGUGAGCACAGCCCCUCAACGCCCGCCUACAACAGCGAUGAGGAGCGCUACCGAUACCGUGAGUACAGUGAGCGUGGUUACGAGCGCCACAGAGACCGGUCCAGUCGGGAGAAGGAGGAGCGGCAUCGAGAGAGACGCCACCGCGACAAAGAGGAAGGGCGACACAAGUCUUCGCGCAGCAGCAGGAGGCGACAUGACAGCGAGGAGGGCGACGCCCAUCGGCGCCACAAGCACAAGAAGUCCAAGAGGAGCAAGGAGGGCAAGGAGGCCAGCGAGGAGAACUCGGCCGAGCAGGAGAACCAGGACGGCGGCGCUGCGGAGUGAGCCGAGCGCCGCCCUGUCACCCCGACCCUGCACCCUACGGCCCUCUGCAGGAAAUCAGUUAGCAGGAUGUUUCUAAUUUAGUCGCAAAUUUCCUCAUUUGUCUCAAUUCCUGCUGUUUUUUUUUUUUCUUUAUUCAUUUUCCACAAGACCUCCGUGAAUGGUGUUUGUUUGAAUAAAAAAAUCUUUUGAUAAAUGAAUUUCCCUAACUGUGUGACUCUUUCACUGGCAUGAGGAGGUCCUGUGUGUACCGUGCGUGCAUCUCUUACUGCUGCUGUGUC